AUGAAGAUUGCUGGGGUAUUCAUUUUCAUUUCUGUACUUCAAGUGACACUUCCAGCAAGAGACUCAUUGGUGAAACUCAAAGAUAAUGGAUAUGAGGACAUUAUUAUCGCAAUACACCCAAAGAUUCCUGAAAAUGGAAAGUUAAUUGAAAGAAUAAAGAAAAUGGUGACAGACGCUUCUACCUACAUGCUCCAGGCUACAGAAAACAGAGUUUUUAUUAAAAGUGCAAAAAUUUUAAUUCCCAACACCUGGUCCACCAGCAGCACAUUUGGAAGGCUAAAAACAGAGUCCUAUGAUAAGGCUGAUGUUAUCAUAGCUGAUCCGUUAAUUGACCGUGAUUUCCCAUAUACUUUGCAAUAUGGUGGCUGUGGGGAAAAGGGAAAAUACAUACAUCUGACGCCUAAUUUCAUAUUAAAUGACAAUUUUCUGAAAAUAUACGGACAAAGAGGACGAUUGUUUGUCCAUGAAUGGGCUCACCUGAGAUGGGGAGUUUUUGAUGAAUACAACAAUGAGAUUCCCUUCUACCACAGCAAACUGGGCAAAGUGGAGGCAACCAGAUGUCCCCUGAGCAUGAGUGGUUUAAAUAAGAUUGAUGAAUACAACCCUUUAGAAAACAAAUUUGUAAAAUUAGAUUGUAAAACUGAUAAUGUCACUGGCCUCUAUGAGGAGGACUGUCAGUUUUAUCCAAAUUUGGAGCCGAAUCUGCAUGAAUCUAUUAUGUAUGGACAAGCACUGGAUCCUGUGCAUGCAUUCUGCAACGAGAACUCCCAUAACAAAGAAGCUCCAAACCCACAGAACAGAUUAUGCAACCAGCAGAGCACAUGGGAAGUGAUAAAGAAGUCUCCCGACAUAUCACAGAGUGCUCCUCUACCUGACUCCAACAUUUCUCCACCUACUUUCAGCCUGUUGCAGUAUAAAGACAGAGUGGUCACCUUGGUUCUUGAUGUUUCAGGAAGCAUGCGUCAGUUCGAUCGAAUCUCCCGCAUGUACCAAGCCUCUGAAGUUUACAUCAUGCAAAUUGUUGAAUCUGGAUCGAGCGUUGGAAUUGUCGUUUUCUCCACUGAUGCGAAAAUUAUGACCCAACCGGUUAAGAUUGUUGACACUUUUCAGCGUGAACAGCUUAAAAAGUUUCUUCCAAACAAUGCUAGUGGUGAUACAAACAUAUGUGCUGGAGUUCGCAAAGGAUUUGAGGUCAACAAAGCUAUUGAUGGAAACACAUACGGCACAGAAAUUGUAUUGUUAACAGAUGGAGAGGACGGAGGUAUUAGCAAAUGUUUUAAUGAAGUUAAGAACAGUGGAGCGAUUAUUCACACUCUCGCUCUUGGAAACAGUACAGAUAAAGGACUGGAACGGUUAUCAAGCAUGACAGGUGGUUUACAACUUUAUGCAUCAGAUCAGGUUGAUGCAAAUGGUUUGAUUGACUCCUUCAGUGGGAUCAAAUCCAGCAGUGGAGAUGAUAUACAACAGUCUAUUCAGAUUGAGAGUACUGCAUCUAAAAUACAACAAAAUCAAUGUCUGACUGGCAAAGUUACCAUCGACAAUACUGUAGGGAAUAACACUUUCUUUUUGGCGACAUGGACCAGUACAAUUCCAAAUAUCAAGCUAACAGAUCCAAAAGGGAAAGCCUAUAUAAAUGACCAGUUUGUGAGUGAUCCGAUCUCAAAGUCGGCUCGUCUAAUGAUCCCAGGCACUGCAGAGAGAGGUGCUUGGGAAUACAGUUUAUGUAAUGCGCAUCCAGCAGACCAAAUUCUUGGAUUAACAGUGAAUUCCAGAGCAGCCAAUCCAGACGUGCCACCGAUUGUUGCUGAUACGUACAUGAGUAGUGACACAAGCCGAUAUCCCAGUCCACUGAUUGUGUAUGCGACUGUAACCCAGGGGUUUACUCCAGUUAUAGGAGUAAAAGUCACUGCUUUUAUUGAAGCACAGAAUGGAAAGGUUAUAACACUGCCGCUUUUGGACAAUGGUGCAGGUGCGGAUAUUAUCAAGAAUGAUGGAAUUUAUUCCAGAUACUUCACCGAAUACCAAGGAAAUGGCAGACACAACUUGAAAGUGCGUGUUGACAAUAAAGGAAAAGAUGAAAAAGUUGCCAUACCAAGCAGUCGGGCAUUAUACCUACCUGGUUAUGUUGAGAAUGGUACUAUAAUCAGCAACCCACCAAAGCCAAAACCUACCUCUGAAACUCAGAAUUUUGGAGAUUUCAGUCGCACAUCUACAGGAGGUGCCUUUAGCAUAUCAGAUGUGCCAGAAAAUAAAAUGGAUGUCUUUAAGCCUAGUAAAAUCACUGACUUGGUGGCAGUUAUUGAAGGCCAGAAAGUCAUGUUGUUUUGGACAGCAACUGGCGAAGACCUGGAUCAAGGAAAUGCUUCAAGUUAUGAUUUACGAAUGGCUUUCAACAGCCAGGUGUUAGACAACUUUGAAAAUGGCACAGCUAUCAAUAUCUCCAGUCUUACACCACUGUCAGCCGGCUCCAGAGAACAGUUCAGCUUUACUCCAGAUCAUAUUACUAUUCAAAAUGGGACAGUCUUUUAUUUCAAAUUGGUUGCUAUAGACAAGAGCAAUCAGAAGUCAGAACCAUCUAACUUGGUAUGGGCAGCACUGUUCUUGCCACCACCACCACCUCCAACACCAAAAACAGGCAAUUCAGGCAAUGGCAUAUCAAGAACAAUGAGCACACUGCUUUUGACUGUUAUUGCAACAUUAACUGCUUUGCAUGUUUGAGACACAGUUGGACAGUUGAAACAAGGAUUUGGAAAACAAAAACUCUAUUAAGUUGCAUACUGGGAAAAAAAAAAUAUAUAAUAAUAUAAAUCUCAAGCGAACAGCAGGCACUCCCCCUCCUUUCAGCAGCUGCCGAGGUGCUCUUUAUAGUAAAGUCACAUGUCUCCCAAAGAUAAGGCACUCACCGGGCUUUUCAAUAAAAACUCAUGACCACUGCAUUCCUGCAACGUUUCAGGCUUUAAUCACCCUUUGUCAAGCAGCACAAAGAUGCAAAAAAUGACAAACAAUAAUUACCUUAAAUAUCGUCUCCAUCUGCGCCAGGCCCGGGCACCACAGCACGCCGCCAGCCGCAAGUGUAAGACUUCUGGGUGUUCCCCAAUGCCGUCCUCCACUUCCGCCUGCUCAUGUUGCCAUGAGGGGAGACACAGAAUACAAAACAGUGACAUAAUACACAUACUAUUAGGUUAAAAACAUUAUGAAUGAAGAGGACCAGCAUGUAAGUGAGAUAGCUACAAGUAUCUUAUUGUACAAAUCCCCUAUUACCUUCAUACUUAUAUAUACCUAGGAACAUGUAUAAUAACUUCUUUUGAUAACACCUAUAAGUUAUGACAAGUAGAAUUAUAAAAAGACACUUAAAUUUAAUUGGUCAUUUAGACCUCUUGAUUUUACUGUAUCCAAAAGAUGUAUCCAUUUAGCCUCACAUUGUAACAACCUUUUAUAACGGUCUCCUCUUCUACCAUCAUCCACAAUGUGAUCUAUAACCAUGUGUCUAAAACUAGAGAUACUGUGUCUGGCUUCAACAACGUGCCUAUCAGUUAGCUGGUCUGACCCUUUCUCAUUAUAUGCAGCUCGGAUUGCUGAUCUGUGGAGAGCCAUACAUUCUUUAAAUGAACGUAUGGGUUUACCCACAAACACAAACUGCAAGGAUUCUUGAUUAAAUAUAUCACAUAUGUACUAGAGCAGGUAAUGCCUAAUUUCAAAUUUACGACCAGUAUGUGGAUGAAGGAAGUAUUUAUCCACUAUCAUGUGGCUGCAUGUCAUGCAGCCCGUACAUUUAUGGCACCCCAACACUUUUCUGGUCUUAAUCUUCAUCUCUUUCAUUUGUUUAGUGAUGUCAGUAUGUACAACCCAGUCUCUCACAUUUUCCCCUCCUGUAACAGUGCCUAAUUUUUGUUUGCUUAAGGCUCUUUAUUUCACUCUGUAUUACAGAUUUGUCGUCACCUCCCGUAUUUUCUG